AUGACCACUUUACUAUUAGUGUUUGUGUGUUUGCAAGUCAUCACCGCAGCCGACUCUGUGGAGCUCUCAGACAGUAGUGAUGGCCUGGAAGUCAAGAUACCUGAGCAGUCUCCCCUGCGUGUUAUCCUGGGAAGCUCCCUGAACAUCCCGUGUUACUUCAACAUCCCAGAGGAGCAGGACACCAGCCUCGUGCUGACCCCACGCAUCAAAUGGAGCAAGCUCUCCAACGGGACCGAAGUUGUCUUGCUGGUGGCCACGGGUGGGAAGAUCCGGCUCAACAGCGAGUACAGGGAGGUGAUCUCCUUGCCCAACUACCCCGCCAUCCCCACCGAUGCCACGCUGGAGAUCAAGGCGCUGCGAUCCAACCACACCGGGAUUUAUCGCUGCGAAGUCAUGUACGGCAUUGAGGACAGACAGGACACCAUAGAGGUCCUAGUGAAAGGCAUCGUAUUCCACUACAGAGCAAUCUCCACAAGGUACACCCUGAACUUCGAGAAGGCAAAGCAGGCCUGUAUCCAGAACAGUGCUGUCAUUGCUACCCCCGAGCAGCUGCAGGCUGCCUACGAGGAUGGGUACGAGCAGUGUGAUGCUGGCUGGCUGGCUGAUCAGACUGUCAGGUACCCCAUCCACUGGCCCCGGGAGCGCUGCUAUGGCGACAAGGAUGAAUUUCCAGGAGUGAGGACCUAUGGUGUCCGUGAGCCAGAUGAAACCUAUGAUGUUUACUGCUAUGCAGAGCAAAUGCAAGGCAAAGUCUUCUACGCCACUGCCCCAGAGAAGUUCACCUUCCAAGAAGCCUUUGACAAGUGCCGCAGUUUGGGAGCGCGCUUGGCCACCACGGGAGAGCUGUACCUGGCCUGGAAGGAUGGCAUGGACAUGUGCAGCGCGGGCUGGCUGGCCGACCGCAGCGUGCGCUACCCCAUCUCCAGGGCACGGCCCAACUGCGGGGGCAACCUGGUGGGCGUGAGGACCGUGUACCUGUACGUCAACCAGACGGGCUACCCGCACCCCGACUCCCGCUACGACGCCAUCUGCUACAGCGGGGACGACAUUGAGGGCCUGGUCCCAGGGCAGUUCAUCGACGAGCUAGGGAGUGAGCUGGGCAGUGCUUUCACUGUGCAGACUGUCACCCAGACCGAGGUGGAGCUGCCCCUGUCACGCAAUGCCACGGAGGAGGAGGCCCGCGGCAGCAUCGCCACCCUGGAGCCCAUGGAGAUCACCCCCACCGCCACCAGGCUGGACGAGGGCUUCACUGCCCUGCCCGACCUCUUCACCACCGCUGUCACAGCGGAGACAGCUGCCACAGAGGAGGAAAAUGUGACCAGGGAGGAUGUCACAGCGGUGUGGACUGUACCUGAAGAGGCCACCACCAUAGAGUUAGGCACUGCCAUCACCACCUUAGCCUUUGGCACUGCUAGCACCAGCGAAACAGCAGAGGUGAGCUCGGUGGAAGAGGUCGUGGGGGUGACUGCCACACCAGGACUGGAGUCUGCCUCAGUAUUCACAGCAGAAGAUCAGCUUGUGCGAGUGACAGCUGCCCCUGGUGCCGGUCACCUUCCCGAGCAGCCCAUCUCCCCCACAGGUGUGGUGUUUCACUACCGUGCAGCCACCAGCAGAUACGCCUUCUCCUUUGUCCAAGCCCAGAAGGCCUGCCUGGAGAACAGCGCUGUGAUCGCCACGCCCCAGCAGCUCCAGGCUGCCUACGAGGCUGGCUUUGACCAGUGUGAUGCUGGCUGGCUGCGGGACCAGACAGUCAGGUAUCCCAUUGUGAAUCCCCGAAAUAACUGCAUAGGAGACAAAGAGAACACUCCAGGCGUGCGGUCAUACGGCAUGCGCCCAGCCUCGGAGACCUACGACGUGUACUGCUACAUCGACAGGCUCAAGGGCGACGUGUUCUUCGCGACCCAGCCGGAGCAGUUCACCUUCCCAGAAGCCCAGCAGUUCUGCGAGAGCCAGAACGCCACGCUGGCCUCUGUUGGGCAUCUCCAUGCUGCCUGGAAGCAGGGCCUGGACCGGUGCUACGCGGGCUGGCUGGCCGACGGCAGCCUGCGCUACCCCAUCGUGAGCCCCCGGCCCGCCUGCGGCGGGGACGCGCCGGGCGUCAGGACCGUGUACCAGCACCACAACCAGACGGGCUUCCCCGACCCGCUGUCCCGGCACCACGCCUUCUGCUUCAGAGGUAUUCCAGCUCUGCCUCCUGUGGAGGAGGAGGGAGUCACCCCGUUCUUUGAAGAUGUGCUGGCAACACAAGUGAUCCCUGGAGUGGAGGGGGUGCCCUCGGGGGAGGAGGUGACCAUGGAGACAGAGUCUGCCACUCAACCUGAGAAUCAGACAGCCUGGGGCACCGAGGUCUUUCCAACCGAUGUGUCACUGCUCUCAGUGAGUCCAUCUGCUUUCCCCCCAGCUACCAUAGCACCAGAGGAAACCAGUACCAAUGCUUCCAUCAGCGAAGUGUCAGAAGGGGUGACAGAAUCUGGAGAGAAUCAAGUCAGUGGUGAAUCUUCGGCACCCGGGUGGGUUCUUGGAGUUCUAGAUACAAGCAGAGAACCAACUUCUGGAGUUUUUGAACUUAGUGGAGACCACUCGGGCAUUGGAGAGAGUGGAUUACCAUCAGGAGACCUUCAUGCCAGUGGCUUCCCACCUGGAGAAAGUGGGCUGCCCUCAGGAGAUCUGAGUGGUGUGUCUUCUGGUGUUGUUGAUAUCAGUGGCCUGCCUUCUGCAGAGGAGGAGAUAUCGGUGUCUAUUUCAAGGAUACCAGAAAUUAGUGGGAUGCCAUCUGAAGUGGAAAGCAGCGGGCUGCCUUUUGGAGCAAGCGGAGAAAUCUCUGGCACUGAGCUAGUCAGUGGUGUGUCAUCUGGAGAGGAAAGUGGAGUGACCUCUGGUUUUCCUACCAUCUCUCUCGUGGAUACCACAUUAGUGGAAGUUGUAACAGCAGUGACAGAACGGCAAGAGGAGGGAAAAGGGUCCAUCGGAGUCAGUGGUGAAGGAGAUCUGUCAGGGUUCCCAUCCUCUGAGUGGGACAGCAGUGGUGGAAUCCAAGGCUUGCCCUCAGGAGCUGAGCCCAGCGGGGAGCCCUCUGGGUUACCCGAGCUCAGCGGGCUGUCCUCAGGAGGGUCUGAACUUAGUGGCUUGCCCUCAGGACUGGAUGCCAGUGGAGAAACAUCUGGAACACAUGAGAUCAGUGGCCUGGUGGACCUAAGUGGCCUUAGCUCUGGUAUUGAGGGAAGCAGUGAGGCCUCUGGCAUUACCUUUGUAGACGCCACUUUGGAGGCAGUGACAACAACCUCACCAAUUACAGGAGCAGAAGCAAAAGAGACUUUGGAAACCAGUGGACUGCCUUCAGGAGAGGAAGAUGGAUCAGGCAGUGUAUCUGGGAGUUUAGACAUCAGUGGUGAGCCUUCAGGGCAUGUAGACUUUGGUGGGAGUGUUUCUGGAGUGCUGGAGAUGAGCGGAUAUCCGAGUGGAGUGACGGACAGCAGCGGAGACAUCUCUGGAGUUGAUGUCACCAGUGGUCUUCUGUCUGGAGAGGAAAGUGGACUCACCUCUGGCUUUCCCACAGUGUCUCUUGUGGAUACCACUUUGGUGGAAGUUGUAACGCAGACAUCAGUGGCACAAGAAGUGGGAGAAGGACCAUCUGGGGUGAUAGAAAUCAGUGGAUUUACUUCUGGAGACAGUGGACUAUCUGGGGAAGGGUCUGGAGCUGUGGAGACGAGUGGGUUUCCUUCAGGGUCAGGAGACUUGAGUGAAGAGCCAUCUGGAAUUCCCUACAUCAGCGGAGACUUUUCUGGAGCCACAGAUCUAGGUGGACAGUCUUCAACAGUGGCUGAUAUCAGUGGGGAAGCCUCAGGGCUUCCAGGAAUCACUUUAGUCACUUCUGAUUUAGUAGAAGUGGUGACAAGACCAACAGUAUCACAGGAACUGGGUGGGCAAACUGUCACGUUUCCUUACAGUUUGGGGCCCAGUGGUGAAGCCUCUGGAUCUGGUGAACUAAGUGGGGAAACAUCUGCACUGCCAGAAAGUGCUCUAGAAACAUCAACAGCUUAUGAAAUCAGUGGUGAAACAUCUGCAUUUCCUGAAACUGGUAUAGAAACAUCCACGAUUCAUGAAAUCAGUGGGGAGGCAUCUGCAUUUCCCGAUUUUAACACAGAAACAUCAACAAUUCAAGAAAUCAGUGGGGAAACCUCUGCAUUUCCUGAAAUUUCCACAGAAACAUCCACAAGUCAGGAAGCCAGGGGUGAAACAUCUGGGUAUCCUGAGAUUAUAAUAGAAGCAUCCACAGGUCAAGAAACAAGUGGGGAAACCUCUGCAUUUCCUGAAAAUACAUCCACAAUACAAGAAAUCAGUGGGGAAACAUCUGCAUUUCCUGAAAUUAGAAUAGAAACAUCCACAAGUCAAGACAUCAGUGGGGAAACAUCUGUGUUUCCUGAAAUCAGAAUAGAAACAGUCACAAGCCAAGAGGCCAGGGGUGAAAUAUCUGGCUAUCCUGAAAUUAGCAUAGAAACUUCAACGGUCCACGAAACCAGUGGAGAAACAUCUGCCUUUCCUGAAAUCAGCAUAGAAACUUCAACAGUGCAUGAAAUUAGUGGAGAAAGUUCGGCAUUUCCUGAAAUUAGAAUAGAAACAUACACAAAUCAAGAAGCCAGGGGUGAAACAUCUGCCUACCCAGAAAUUAGCAUAGAAACUUCAACCGUCCAUGAAACCAGUGGGGAAAUUUCUGUGUUUCCUGAAAUCAGCAUAGAAACUUCGACAGUCCAUGAAAUCAGUGGGGAUAUGUCCUCCUUUCCUGAAAUUAGCAUAGAAACUUCGACAAUCCAUGAAACCAGUGGUGAAAUACCUGCAUUUCCUGAAAUUAGAAUAGAAACAUCCACAGGUGAAGAAGCUCGAGGUGAAACAUCUGUAUUUCCUGAGAUUAGCAUAGACACUUCUACAGUCCAUGAUAUCAGUGGGGAGACAUCUGCAUUCCCUGAGUUCAGCAUAGAAACACCAACAAGUCAAGAAGCCAGGACUGAAACAUCUGCCAAUCCCGAAAUUUUCAUAGAAACAUCCACAGUUCAAGAAGCCAGUGGGGAAACUUCUGCAUUUCCUGAAAUUAGAAUAGGAACACCCACAAGUCAAGAAGCCCGUGGAGAGACAUUUCCUGAGAUCAGCACAGAAGCAGCCACAGUCCAUGAAACCAGUGGGGAAGCAUCUGCAUUGCCUGCUGCUAACAUCAAUACAGCUGCCACAUCUUUGGGCAGCAGGGAGCCCUUUGGUACUCCUGAGGAGAAGGAGAUUCCUGACACAACAUCUGGAGCUGUGACACACUCUAUCGCAGGCAUUUCAGGGGAAACCUCUGUCCCAGACGUUGUAAUUAGUACCAGGACUCCAGAUGUUGAACCAACACAGGGUCUCAGGAACCCUGAAGAGGCUCAGCUUGACAUGGAGCCUUCCCCUCCUGUAGUGUCAGAACAAGAGACAGAGACAGCUGUUGCUCCAGACAAUCCCCAUCUGCUGGCCACCACCACUGCUGCCCUGCCCCAAGUCUCACAAGAAGCAAUUGACGCAUUAGGACCCACUACAGAAGACUCAGAAAACUGUGAGGAAGGCUGGACCAAGUUCCAGGGCCAUUGCUACAGGCACUUUGAAGAGAGGGAGACUUGGAUGGAUGCAGAGACCAGAUGCCGACAACAUCAAGCCCACCUGAGCAGUAUCAUCACCCCAGAGGAACAAGAAUUUGUGAACAGUCAUGCACAGGACUACCAGUGGAUCGGCCUCAGUGACAGAGCUGUGGAGAACGACUUCCGCUGGUCUGACGGUCACUCCCUGCAAUACGAGAACUGGAGGCCCAACCAACCUGAUAACUUCUUUUCGGCGGGCGAGGACUGCGUUGUGAUGAUCUGGCAUGAGAAAGGCGAAUGGAACGACGUUCCCUGCAACUAUCACCUCCCUUUCACCUGCAAGAAAGGAACAGUGGCCUGCGGGGACCCCCCUGCGGUGGAGAACGCCAGGACCUUCGGUCGGAAGAAGGAACGCUACGAGAUAAACUCCAUGGUGCGGUACCAGUGCGACCAAGGCUACAUCCAGCGGCACGUGCCCACGAUCCGGUGCCAGCCCAGCGGGCAGUGGGAGGAGCCGCGGAUAUCCUGCCUAAACCCCUCCAGCUACCAGCGCAGGCUAUACAAGAGGAGCCCCAGGAGCCGGUCGAAACCCAGCGGCAGCGCCGUGCACAGACGCACCCAUUAGAGAGGGGCGAGAGACCGAGGAGGAAAGCGAGAAGAGAUUUUUAACGGAACAGUUAUAUUAACAGAGUCGAUUUCUUCUUCUUGUUGUUGCUUUUUUGUCAUAUAAGGAAAAAAAAAUUAUAUUAAAGACAAACCCACCUUUGUGUAUA